AUGGCCGGUAUUGGUCGUUUGACGGUCGUUUUUGCGGUGCUUUUGACACCGGCAGAGCUUGUUCUCGGUUUCGGGAAGUCGGUAUUACCUUUCAAUUUCUAUGAACGUCAACGUGAAGCAAAUCUGUCGGCGUUUGCGGAGCUUGAGUUCGGUAUCGACGAAGUGGCAGCGCUCAAUAGAGGGUUCGUUGAUUAUCUACUGAAUCUAGACGAUGAUUCAUCGCGAUGCGAAAGUACGCUUCGGGAGCUGGCUGCAGCAUACGCUGAACGAGAUCGUCAUGCUUUGGAGUGGUUCGAUUCGUGGGGCAAAGUUCCUGCUGGACUGUACUACGGCAAUGGGAAUGCUUUUGGGAAUUGGGAUCAAUGUCAGCAGUUUCGCUGGGCAGAUAUCGAUGGCCAAAACUGUGUGCUGAACGUCGGAUUUCCUUCGAACAUUCCGGCACUGUUGUUUAUUGGCCUUUGUGUGCCGCAGUUUUGUGAAGCUGACACUAUCGGGCGAUUGUAUCAGUCUUAUUUGGAAUCAUUGAAAGCUCCGGGACUAGCAGUGUACGGAUAUGUUUGUCAACAGAAAAGUGUCGUAGAAUUUGAUGGAGCUGUUACUGUGGCAACUGUGGUGUACUCUAUAAUGGCGGCCUUGGUAAUUGCUAGUACAGCAUACGAAGUAUGUAUGAAGUAUUUGGACCGUGUAGUAAACCCACUGUUGAGUAGCUUCUCGUUGGACAAAAACAUCCGGAGUAUCUUCCAUAUAGUUCCGAAAUCGAAAACAUCCUCCAGAACUAUAGACUGUGUAAACGGUAUUCGAGCUCUCUCCAUGAUUUGGAUAGUGGUGGUUCACGUUCAUGAGCGUCUACCAGCAUUGCCGAUUGAAAAUCCCCCAGCUAGAGCGGACUAUUUGAUGAGCUUCGCUUUCUCCGUUCUCUGGAUAGCUGGAUACUUUGCGGUCGAUACGUUUUUCGUACUCGGUUCUAUGCUAGCAACUAUGAGUCUACUGAAGGAACUGGAUCGAAAUGGAAAGAUAAACUUGCUGAAGCUAUACGUUAAUCGAUACGUACGGAUAACCAUCCCGUUGGCUGCUCUGAUACUGUUCACCGUAUCGUUCGCUAAGUACUUGAAAGACGAAUUGUUCUGGAAUCUUACGAUCGAAGCAGCCGAGAGUGAAUGUUCGAAGUAUUGGUGGUCUGCUCUUCUGCACGUACAGAACUACGUUAACACACGAAAUAUGUGUCUCUCUUGGUCCUGGUACCUGUCCGUGGACAUGCAGCUGUACAUCGUUACCCCGGCUUUGGUUUAUCCUCUGUGGCGUUACGGGAAACGAGUACUCUGGGGAAUCGUUCUCCUGGCGGUACUUGCUGCGGCCUGUGUUUUCACUACCUUCAUUACCAAUGAUUUCCGUAUGAACUUGGGAGCUCCCAAUGGUGGAGGCGAGCGAUACAUCAUGACCUAUUUUCCAACGCACGCUCGCAUGGGUGUCUGGAUGCUUGGGAUUGUCUUCGGCUACGUCCUUCACAACACCAAACCAAACUCCGCUAAGCUUCCGAAAAAAUAUUUUACAAUUGGAUGGACAGUUUGCUUAUUGCUGCUAGGUUUUCUCCUGUACGCCAACUACGAAUUUCAGCGCUCGGACUACGAACAGUUUAGCAACGUAUUGGACGCGUUUUACGAGUCGCUCAGUCGACCAGCGUUUGGGAUCAUCGUCAUGUGGAUCAUCUACGCUUGUAUUCAGGGGGAAGGUGGAAUCAUCAACGAGUUCCUGAGUGCCGAUAUUUGGCAGCCGAUCGCCAAGCUGUCCUUCACCAUGUAUCUGCUGCACGCGUUGCUGGUUUUCAUCGCCUCGAUUGUUUAUUUUAGCGUUGCGAACUUGCUGUACUUGAUUUGGGGAGCGCUUGGGCUGACCCUAACGGUUGCGGUGCUGUGGAGUGCCAUUUUUGAGAUUCCCUUUGUGAUACUUUGUAAAGCUUUGUUUGAGCGGAUGCAGCCAGCAGGUGUAGAGAAACGCGUUGCGGACAAAAUCGAUGAAUGA